AUAUCUUUCACCUUCAGCAACCAGGGCUCCACCACUCAUAGCGUCUUGUCAGUGGAAUCCAGCUGCAUCGCGCGAACGCAAAGGAACGCCGGAAAUCUCGACAUCUUCCGCCGGAAUCUUGGAUCUUGAUCGCUCAACUCUUGCCCGCCAUCGCCGCUCGGCCUCUAUCCCUCUCCUUCCUUCCAUUGCUCAUAAAUGAAAGCUUUCAGCAAGAACUCUCGCGGAGGAAAGCGGGGAUCGUCUUCCUAUUCCUCAUCGGCUUCCACCGCCGUAUUACUCAUCUUCGUCUCCCUCUGCCUAUUCGCCGUCUAUGCGCUCACUUCUUCUUCCUCCUCCUCUCUUCUCUCCCUAUCCCAGUCGUCCGCCGCCGCCGAACACCGCUUUCUUCUUAAAGACAUCCCACAGACUGGAUCCGUACCUCCUUCCGAAGAGGAUUCCUCUCAGAAUCUAGAUGACGAGAAGCAAGAAGAGGAAAAGGGGAACAAUGGCCGGCAAGAGAAUCUCACCAAAAUCCUGAUAGAGGAGCAAAGCAAGAUUAGAGAUAUCGAUUGGGAUCUAUGCAAUGUUACUGCGGGUCCUGACUACAUUCCUUGCCUCGACAAUGCGAAGGCUAUCAAGAAGCUAAAUAGCCUGAAGCAUUACGAGCACAGAGAACGCCAUUGCCCUGAGGAAAGCCCAACUUGUCUUGUUCCUCUUCCUAAGGGGUAUAAGAGGUCGAUUGAAUGGCCUGCUAGCAGGGAUAAGAUAUGGUAUAAUAAUGUUCCACGAACUAAACUUGCUGAGGUGAAGGGGCAUCAGAAUUGGGUGAAAGUAGAUAGAGAGUACCUUAUAUUUCCUGGUGGUGGAACGCAGUUCAUUCAUGGGGCUCUGCAUUACAUUGACUUCAUUCGGCAGUCUCUGCGUGAUAUUUCAUGGGGAAAGCGUAUCCGUGUUGUAUUAGACGUUGGUUGUGGGGUUGCAAGCUUUGGCGGCUAUCUUUUCGAACGGGAUGUGCUUACAAUGUCAUUUGCCCCAAAGGAUGAACAUGAAGCACAAGUUCAGUUUGCUCUCGAGCGAGGAAUUCCUGCGAUAUCUGCAGUAAUGGGCUCGCACCGGCUUUCAUUCCCUAGCAAUGUUUUUGACCUUAUUCACUGUGCAAGGUGUCGAGUCCCAUGGCAUGCAGAUGGAGGCAUGCUCCUUCUGGAGCUAAAUCGUGUUCUGCGUCCUGGCGGUUAUUUCGUGUGGUCGGCCACACCGGUUUAUCAAAAACUGAAGGAAGAUGUUGGAAUAUGGAAAGCAAUGACAUCUCUUACCAUAUCAAUGUGUUGGGAUCUAGUCACUAUCAAGAAGGAUAAAUUAAAUGGAAUUGCUGCAGCUAUUUAUAGGAAACCCACUACGAAUGAAUGUUAUGACAAGAGGAAGAAUCAAAAUCCUCCUAUGUGUGAUAAAGGGGAUGAUCCAAAUGCAGCUUGGAAUGUUCCUUUAAAAACUUGCAUGCAUUGGGUGCCGACUAAUGCGGCAGAAAGAGGUGCAAAAUGGCCCAUAGACUGGCCAAAAAGACUUGUAGCGCCCCCAUACUGGCUAAAUGCAUCCCAUAUAGGCAUCCAUGGAAAACCAGCUCCCAAUGAUUUUAAAUCCGACUACGAGCACUGGAAAAAUAUAGUGAUGAAAUCCUACCUCAAUGGUUUGGGCAUCAACUGGUCCAAACUUAGAAAUGUCAUGGAUAUGAGAUCUGUAUAUGGAGGGUUUGCUGCUGCUCUGAAAGAUCUGAAAGUCUGGGUCAUGAAUGUUGUGAACGUUGAUUCUCCAGAUACACUGCCUGUCAUCUAUGAGCGCGGGCUUUUCGGCAUAUAUCAUGACUGGUGUGAAUCCUUCAGCACUUAUCCCCGAACUUACGAUCUCCUUCAUGCCGACCACCUCUUCUCUAAGUUGAAGGAAAGGUGUAGCAUUGUUCCAGUUGUAGCUGAGAUUGACAGGAUUGCAAGGCCAGGCGGCAAGUUGGUAGUCAGGGAUGAAUCUGUUGUUACCAGUGAAGUUGAAAGCUUGCUGAAAUCUUUGCACUGGAAGGUUCAACUGACCUUCACCAAAGAAAAAGAAGGAAUAAUCACUGCAGAAAAAUCAGAUUGGAGGCCUAACAAGUAUUCUGCUUCAUCAUGACAAGUGAUGAUUUGAAAUGCAUUAGUUCUACUAUUUUUACACCAUCUUCUUUGAUUCCUGUUACAGACUAUUUUUUGACAUUGCUAGGCUAGAAUUUAGUAUUUGUAAUGCUGUUGUUGCCAAAGGCAUAUCCUCUUUUACCAGGUUAGAAUGUACAUUGUUGUCAAUCCAAGUCAUUAUAUAAUAGGGAGAUUUACAGACA